AUGCCACGCAAUUACCAAUGCGAAAUGGAACGACUCUUCAGCCGAGAAUCUCGGUAUACCAUCUGGCGAAAAUUAUGGUUUUGGCUUGCAGCAAGCCAGAAGGAGCUUGGCAUCGUCUACCUCGUCCCCAUUCCCAACUCCGAACCCCCGGCAUUCACAGAAGAGAGAAUCGAUGAUGAUGAUCUCGAACAGCUGAGGCACUGUUGUUACGUCUCCAGUCGUGAUGUUGCUGUUCCGAAUAUGCGUCAGCUGAGUCCCGAUCACAAAUUGGAUCUUCGAGCUCAAUUUCACUUCGUCACUGAUAUUGAUGCCCCACGAUCUGAGUACUGGCUCAACAUUGGCGUCACCCCCGAGUACAUUCUCGAAAACACUGAGCAAAUCCUCAUGAGGGAUGCCCUCGAUAUCUUGAACACUAAGCUCUCCAUGCUUCUCUACCGCCUCCAAAACUUUGCCAUGGACCACAAGUCUGUACAAUGUCUCAUGUAUGAGUCUGACCUCGAUAAAACCGCCUACGUUACCACGAUCGGAGACAGAGCUGCUGGCUGGGCUAAGAAACUCGUCAUACUUUUGAGGGCUUUCCAGACAGCUCGACUUGAGGUGGGAUCCGCUGGAUCCCAACCAAUCACUCAAAGUGAAAAGUAUAAUAUAGAAUUUUCCGACAAGCUAUCUAUGCUGGAGCACUUUGAGGGUGAUCAAUCGAAGUGCGAGAGGCUUGAUGACCUCAUCCGUCAAAAGCUCAGAUUCCAGGAAUGUCGAGCAAGAGACUACCUGGCAUACCGGCGAACUAUCAACGCAAAUUUGGGGUUUAUUUGUAUCUUGCUAGGCAGCGCAGCUGUUUCAGUUGUGAAGGAUCUGGACCACUUCGACGAUGGUGAGCAGUUGGUGGAAAAAAGAGCGAACCGCAAUGGAUCGCCUGUCACGGACGAAGACCCAAAGUUCAGACAAUCCGGGAUCCUCAAGGGUGCUGCAGAGGCGCUCAUGCGGGUCUCAAUUUCGUUCAGGGAUCCCGGGGUGUCUAAGACCGAAGGACAGGACGAAUACAUCAUGGCACGGAUGUUCAAACAGGCUGUACGAGUCGUCAACGUACUCCAAAGUAUCGUUGAAGGUCUUUACUGCGAUCCAGAGAACGGACACAACGUCAAAUGGUCCGAGAUACCAUACAUGAUGAUUGAUCCUCUCAUCAGAAGACUGAUGCUCCGCGGCGAGGUUCGACAAGACAUCCUCUGGCAUUUGAACAACAUUAGCCUCUCGUUGAAGGAUGAGCCGCAAGAAGGGCGAACGGAUCGCUUUCUCGAGACGAUCACCAGCUACAAUUUCUUCAGGAGAUAUUUUUACGACAUGAAGGAAAUCGUCUUGUCACUUCAGGAUGUAUCGGAGAGUGAAAGACGAGUUGAUGAAAUUUGUGGACGGAAUGGUGCUAUUGACAGGGUACUUCUGCCUUAUCGGCCGUAUAUUCGGGAGAUGACUGCUGGGGAGAGGCAGGCGGCGCAACCUCUGAUGAUUGAGCCUGCGUAG